GAAAUCGGAUUUUCGUAGUGCUGGAAAGAAAACCCUAAACCACCGGAAAUCGAUUCGGAAGAUGGAUAUCGAGCAGAAGCAAGCCGAGAUCAUUGAUCAGCUCGUCAAGCGAGCUUCUACUUGCAAACCCGAGGCUCUCGGUCCUCUCAUCAUCGAAGCCACAUCGCAUCCUUCUCUCUUCGCUUUCUCCGAGAUUUUGGCUCUACCAACUGUUGCCCAGCUUCAAGGAACCACAGAUUCUGUGUACCUGGAUGUACUGCGGUUGUUUGCCCAUGGCACCUGGGGUGACUACAAAUGCAAUGCUACCCGUAUUCCUCAGUUGUCCCCUGACCAAAUUCUCAAGCUAAAGCAGCUCACUGUGCUCACCCUUGCUGAGUCUAACAAGGUUUUGCCCUAUGAUACACUCAUGGUCGAGUUAGAUGUUACCAAUGUUCGCCAACUCGAGGACUUUCUUAUCAAUGAAUGCAUGUACGCGGGUAUAGUUAGAGGAAAACUGGAUCAGUUAAAAAGAUGUUUUGAGGUUCCGUUUGCAGCUGGUAGGGAUCUAAGGCCAGGACAACUAGGGAAUAUGUUAGACACAUUGUCCAACUGGUUGAACACGUCAGAGAAUCUGCUCAUUUCAAUUCAAGACAAGAUCAAAUGGGCGGACAGUAUGAGUGAGAUGGACAAAAAACAUCGUAAGGAAGCAGAAGAAGGGGUGGAAGAAGUGAAGAAGUCUCUGUCCAUGAAGGGGGAUGUUGACAUCAGAGGGAAUAAGGAGAUGUUUGGGGAACCAAGUGGAGUGAUGGACUACGAAGAAGAUGGGAUCCGACCAAAGAGGAGGAGGCAUCCGGUAACAAGCUUCUACCUAGGCGGUACUGUAAGUGCCGAGCCAAAUCCUGGCUCCAUGCUUGUUGGGGUCAUUGAUCUCUCAGCAACAUAUUUACCCACCGGCCUUCUCCUCACUCUGAAGUUGCCCUCUCCGAUUCAUCAUCAUGCAGUAGAUGUCGGUGAAUUGAAUCCAGAAUAGAUGAUCUGAGAUACGAUAACCCUGCAUUUUGGCGUUUGAUGUGCUGCGAAGUGCAAACGCCUUAUUUUAGUCAUGUUUCUUCUCUAUCUAUUACUUUAUAGAAACAAAUCAACAAGGCAAGACAAGAAUCUUGCUUCCAUGAGUACAACAUGACUUUUUUAACUAUUUAUGCCCUGGAAUAAUUAUGACCUUGAUGA